AUGAGGAUGAGUUGCAAUGGCUGUAGGAUUUUGAGGAAGGGAUGCAGUGAGAGCUGCAGCAUUCGACCAUGCCUACGGUGGUUGAGGAAUCCGGAGGAACAAGCGAAUGCGACGUUGUUUUUGGCUAAAUUCUAUGGCUAUGGCAGGGCUGGGCUCAUGAGUCUCAUCACUUCUGCUCCUGAACAGCUUCGUCCUGCAAUUUUCCGGUCGCUAAUGUACGAAGCUUGUGGUCGGAUCGUGAACCCGAUCCAAGGUUCCGUCGGUCUACUGUCCUCCGGCAACUGGCACGUCUGCGAGGCGGCGGUCGAGUCCGUGCUCAAAGGUUCGCCAAUCACCACCAACCCCAACUUCCGGACCUACGAUAUCCGCCACGUGCCCAGAGAGCCGGGGCCCCCUGCGGGGCCCAGCAAGGUCGUCAAGAACCGGGCCCGGUUCAGGCGGUCUGUGAGCCAAACUGGUUCUGGUUCUGGUUUGGGUUCGGUCGAACUGGAGGGUUCAAAUGUGACUGAGGCUGAGGAUGAGGUCAGGCUCGAUCUUGAGCUGGGGCUCGGGCCGCCCGGUGCACGUGCUGGCUAA